AAAAAAAAAAAGGAGCAAACUUCCAAAUGACGAAAGCGGCUCAUUUACAAGUUUUCAGAACUUUCCUUUUGUCUUUCUUCACCUCUCAAGGCUCAACACCUACCGUUUUGUCAUCACCCUUUUCUUUUCCUCUAAUAUUAAAAAAUAAUGAUUUAAAUAUAGUUGUCGGGUUUAAUUGACACCGAAAACCAUUUUAAGUUUGCGUUCGUUCAUAGCCACUUCGCGAAAUUAAGCCUUUGUCUCUGCCAUCUGCUUUUGAAAUUUUCUGAAAAUUUUUUUUUCAAUCAUCUGUGCUUUUUAGGAAUGAAUAGUUAUUUAUGCACAUGCUUUUGAUUUUAUUGCAACUCGCUAAACCUUCUUCUUUCUAGAACUCUCUUUCUCUUUCCUGUUUUUGUUAGUUUUUUGAAUGGCGAUAUCCGAGUCACCGGAGAUUUUAGGGAGCACGGCGACGGUGAUCAGCACCUCUCACAGCGACUCAGAUCUUGAUCUCUUGUCACUUCGUCGUCGAACCACAAACGCCACCAACGGCGCCGGAAUCAGAGCUCCGGACAAUUCGGGAAACGGCGAGGCCGUGGACUACCAGGAUCGAGUAGAAUCGGCCAAUUUCACGAGUAACGUUGGAGAAAAAGCCAACGAGAUUCCAACAAGUUCCGAUAUAAGAUUCACGUAUCGGCCUUGUGUUCCUGCUCAUCGGAGGAUCAAAGAAAGCCCUCUCAGUUCUGACGCCAUCUUCAAACAGAGUCAUGCAGGCCUGUUCAACCUCUGUGUAGUAGUGCUUGUUGCUGUAAACAGCCGGCUUAUUAUUGAAAACCUAAUGAAGUAUGGGUGGUUGAUUAGAUCUGGUUUUUGGUUUAGUUCGAGAUCGUUGAGUGAUUGGCCUCUUUUUAUGUGUUGUCUUACUCUUCCAAUUUUCCCACUCGCUGCUUUUGUGGUUGAAAAGUUGGUGCAACAGAAUUAUAUAACUGAACCUGUUGUUGUUUUUCUUCAUGUAAUCAUUAGCACAACUGUGGUUUUGUAUCCAGUGAUUGUUAUUCUCAGGUGUGAUUCUGCAUUUUUAUCAGGCGUUGCAUUGAUGCUGUUUGCUUGUAUUGUCUGGUUAAAAUUGGUAUCCUAUGCUCAUACCAACAAUGAUAUGAGAGCACUUGCCAAGUCACCUGAAAAGAGAGGUGCGGACCACAUGCAUGAUGUUAGCUUCAAGAGUUUGGUAUACUUCAUGGUAGCUCCCACGUUAUGUUACCAGCCAAGCUAUCCUCGUACACCAGCUGUUCGAAAAAGUUGGGUGGUUCGUCAAUCUAUCAAGUUAAUAAUAUUUACGGGGCUCAUGGGUUUCAUAAUAGAACAGUAUAUCAAUCCAAUUGUUCAGAACUCUCAACACCCUUUGAAGGGGAACCUUUUGUAUGCCAUAGAGAGAGUUUUGAAGCUUUCAGUUCCAAAUUUAUACGUGUGGCUCUGCAUGUUCUACUGCUUUUUUCAUCUCUGGUUAAAUAUACUAGCUGAGCUCCUUCGUUUUGGGGAUCGUGAGUUCUAUAAAGAUUGGUGGAAUGCAAAAACUGUCGAGGAGUAUUGGAGAAUGUGGAAUAUGCCAGUUCAUAAGUGGAUGGUUCGCCAUAUCUAUUUUCCAUGCUUAAGGAAUGGUAUACCCAAGGGAGUUGCCGUCAUUAUUGCCUUCUUGGUUUCUGCUUUAUUUCAUGAGCUCUGCAUUGCUGUUCCUUGCCAUAUAUUUAAGUUAUGGGCUUUUAUCGGCAUCAUGUUUCAGGUUCCCUUGGUCUUGAUCACAAAUUAUCUGCAAAACAAGUUUAGGAGCUCGAUGGUGGGAAAUAUGAUUUUCUGGUUCUUUUUCUGCAUUCUUGGUCAGCCAAUGUGUGUGCUUUUAUACUACCAUGAUUUGAUGAAUCGCAAAGGGAGAGCAGAUUAAACUACUUACUAUAAAAACCUGGUGGAAGUUGAUCCAGUAGCUGCCACAGAUUGUUUUUGCAUGGUAACUUAUCUAUCAUGUUGCAUUGCUCUGCUUGCUUUGGAUUAUAUUUGUAUAUUUCAUUUCAUCAUAUGGCAUUACCUGCUGAGAUGCUUUGAUGUCUUUGAUAUAUGAUUUUCAUGAACAAAUUCACAAGCAAUUUUGAAAGCAUAAAGCAGUACCUACGCCACAAAUGUAGUACCCGUAUUAACUUUACUCGUUCUUUUUUUUUGUUUGGGGGGGGGGGGUCGGGAUAGAACUUUAUUGGUUCUUUAUUAGUUGAAAAUUAUUGAGUCUUGUCUAUAGUUUACAGACAAUUUAUUUUCGAGAACUGUUACUCGAAUUUAGUUCGCCUCAGAGUUUGACUCGGAUGGUUUCAAGUCAAUAAAUUUGUUUCAAUCUAUAAAUUUCAUGAUUUGAAGACAACAAUCUCGUGACCUACAGAUAAUUAAUUGGAAACAUGUGCAAUUUAGAAAUUUUGAUCAGUGCAAUUGUUCCUUUUUUAUCUGAGAUUUUAGACUUUUCUUCCAGCAAUCCUCAAGUCUGCAUCCCUUGUUUACAGCGCAAGUUUCUGAAACUGUUUAAUCUAUUUUUAUAUAUGUAUAUACCAUCAAGCCUGCUUUACGAAUUAUGAUUGAACUUGUUUUAUCUCGUUUAAAAAGUUGAAACCCUCAUUGGUGGAUGUAGAAGUGAUUUUGAUAAAGUUAAAGUGCCUCAAUUUUUUUUUUUAAGAAAAAAAAAAAAAAAGGGGAAGAGGCUCCAUUAUUUGGUUUCAUUUAAUAAAAAGCUGGAGCUGUAUGCUUGUCGGGCAAAAACAACUCAAAAACAGCAGAUUUGUUGUGCUGGGUGUUGAUAUUUGUGGAGGGCAUAAAAAGCAGCCUUUGUCCCAACAAAAAGAGGAGCUUAAAGCCCCACCAUGAUUAAGGUGUGGAAACCACUCUCCAUUUCUCCCCGUUUUGUUAUCAUUUAUAUGAUCCUCUAUGGUUGCUUUAAUAAGGAUUUUAGGUUGAUACGGUCAUAAAAUUUUGAAAAUCAGUA